AGGACCACGACUUUCAAGUGUUCUUAUCUCGCAGUGAAUUUCAUUUCGCGAACGCGUUCGUCGCAUCGCACGCGCAUAUUCUACGCGCGUUUCACCCACGACGCGUACGUACGCCGGUAACGUAUGUGAGUUACGUGUCGUCUCGGACUCAUCGCACCUGGCAUCCUCGUCGAUGCGUCAACAUGAGCGAAAAAGCUUACUCGCGCGCGCGAUGAUUCAACCGGCGUAUGAGAACAGAACGAUCUCGUUCUGCAUCCUAGCAUCUUAAUUAGAUCGAUUGACAGUCCUAAAGAGAGUGUCUCUUGUGAAAAUACGAGUAAGUGCGUGUGACUCGAUAUUUUCUAACGAUACUGUACUACGCUUAUUACAUAUUUCGCGUGUGCAAUUUUUCAUACGAGUGUAAUUUCGCGCGAGUGUUUCCAGCGAUCUAUCUCGCCUGUGACAUUAUUUAUCCGGAAAAGAGUACGUAUAAUUCGGUGGCGAGUGAAAAGUGAAGGAAAAAUUACGGCGCCUCGGAAGAGAAGGGAACACCUGAGCUUGGACUACGUAGUGACGUUCCUGACGCCGGGCGGCGGAGUGAUCCACGGCGCGUCGUGGGGGCCCUCAGCUGUUUCCCGCCAAAGAUCGCCAUUACAAAACGCGUUCGGGCGUUGUGUGUGCGCGCCGCGCGGAGCGUGUGGCUGUCCCGUGGACGAAUCUUUUGUGCGCGUCGCCGGCAUCUGCUGACGAAAAGAAGGGGCUGUCGCGAUACACGGCGUGUACCGGAAGUGGCGAUUAACGUUCAUACAGAUAUUAUACCGCGAACGGAGACGUAUUUGAUAAAACGCGCGUUGUUUGUCCCCCUCCUCCAUUCCGGUGGAGUGCGCGGUCGGUCGGUCGGUCGGGCGGGCGAGCGAAAGAGCGAACGACGAACGAACAAACGACAAACGAACGAACGAACAGCCGGGCGAGAAAGAAAGGAGCAAAUAAGUGCGCGAGAAGAAGUGAGAGCGAUAACGAAAAGAUAUCGAGAGCAGCGUAACUCGUCGUCUCUCCGCAGCCGCUACGACGGCUGUCGCGGACGUGAAAUUCGCUCGGCGGGACUCUCAGUGCUUCGGACCGACGAGAUAUGUCAGUGUUUGGUGGUGACGAUCGGAUUUUGCUCGAGGAAAUCGUCGAGUCGACUGAACAGUCGGAGAUUGAGCUGUGCGGGAGCGUCGAGACGGUGGACGACGGCUCGGUGACCACGGGUGUGACGGUCGCCGAAGUCGCUGAUACGCAAGAGCAGCAAUCGCAGCAACCACCACAAUCUAAGGCAAACGUGGGAAUUGGCCGACGGGUUAAUAAUCAUAGCGCUGCUUUGAGCAACGGCAGCGGUAUCAGCAACGUCGGCCGUGUCGUCACGCCGCGCAGCCACGCGAUGGAGCAGGAGAAGCGAAUACGGCGAGAAAUCGCCAACAGCAACGAGCGACGUCGUAUGCAGAGCAUCAACGCCGGAUUCCAAUCGCUCAGGACGUUGCUGCCGCAUCACGAGGGCGAGAAGCUGUCUAAGGCCGCGAUACUUCAACAGACUGCCGAAUACAUAUACCAAUUAGAGCAAGAGAAAACACAAUUGCUAUCGCAAAAUUGUCAACUGAAACGGUUGGUAAAUCAACACGAAGGUGGCGAUGUACCUAAGAAACGUAAAUCCGACACCCAAGGCGUUGUCGUUAGUCUACCUAUGCACGUCAGCGAAAGCGGCGACGAGGGCUUGGGCAGCAUGUCCCCUGAGCCGUUGUCUGUAAUCACAGUGACAACAGAGGGACAUUCCGUUGUGAACAGCGAGGUGGUGGAGCUCAGACGACAGCUAGAGAGGGAGCGUCACGCGAGACUGCAUUUAGAGAAACAGAUGAGAGCCAUACAGACUCAGAUGUAUCCAGAGAGAUUCCGGGACAAUCAGCUAAUCGCUUAUCAGCCCCACGAGGUGAUCGAGCACACGGAUAAUGUGAUGGCGCAGGAAACGGAGGAUGCGGUGGCCGCGUUGCAAGUAGUCUCAGUUAUGUCUCUACCGCCGGUGGGUUCCACUCAAACCGUGGAGACUUCAAGUCCAGACCCGAGCUCACCACCUUUGUCACCGCAGCCGGCUGACAUGGAGAUAAAACCGGACGAGAUAAAAGAGGAGGAAUCGUGUCCGAGUAGUCCGAAGAUAGUCACCUUCGCUCAGAAUCAGGUGUUCACGGCGAUGGAGGAGCAGACCACUGCGGAUUCCUUCUCGUCAUCGAAUCGUGUUACAUACGCCACGUCAUCUUCCGCGGAGUUUAAGAACACCUCGCCUCAGUACAUCACCGCGAGUCCCAGCAGACCCUUCUCGCCGACUGUUGAGCCUCAACGACUACCCAGUGUUUUGGAGGCUGCGAUAAAGGCUGAGCCCAAAGUCGAGGUGGAGAGGUUGCCUUCCCCGUCAAACUCUUUGGAUGACGGCAUUCCGCAAGCAAGGCUGUACAUCGCGAACACAUCCCGACAGAACUUGGAAACGAUUGUCGAAGCGAUACGUCAUCUGGAGGGCGAUCAUCUGUUCAGCGAUGAGCCCGCGCAGGAUAUGCCGCUGGCAUUGACCAAUAAGCAGCAAACGAUGGUGAAUUCAACGUCGACGAAGUCUACGGCGUCCUCCUCUCCUCCAUCUUCCUCUUCUCCCUCGGCGACGUCCGCUACAGUGACGUCCGCGAAGCAACGGAUAUUGCACGCUGAACACUUCCUCCAAUUUCAUACGCAACAGCAGACCCAACAGCGGCCCGGCGUGAUUGUGGUAAAGCACUCGUGAUCCAGCAACGCGCUGCGCUCCGUGCACUGAACGAUGUACUCGAAACGACGAUGCAUUCGUCCCCAUCGUUCGACAUCACCACGGUUUAUCACUCGAAAAUGAGGAAUCCUUUUUGGUUGAUUCGAGAGAAAGAUAGCGAGCGUUCGCUGGGGCAGGUAGAUAGAGCGGCUAUCGCACAUUGCAUGCACUCUCUUCCGGCUUGAUGGAAAAAAAAUAUUCUCCAUCUGCCAAUAAUCUCCAAUCGUUAUCGGAGAUCUUCAUUUGGACUAUGUUGCGAGAGACACCUUAUGUAUGUUCCUACUACGUGCUUUGCUUGCCUUCGCUUUAAUAAAGGUUGCUUAAGAUGGAAUAAUGCAUACGAUCGCGAGAGAAUGAAAUUUAGAUGGAAGGACUAAAGUUUUAAAUCACGGAACAGAUAGCGAAGACAGAGCCAAGCUCGAAGCUUGAUGAAAGGAUCCUCAUCGUCGAGUCGUUGAAACGAAACGUCGUUUUUCCAUUUUUUUUUUCUCGUGUAAAUAUUAACAAUUCCUUCCGAUCGUGUGUUUCCGACGAUCGCCACGAGAUCGCUUUGAAUCUCGAAGAGUUUCCCGCUCCCUCCCUCCUCCCGAAGAAAGGUUCUCUUCCUUUCGCAAGAAAAUUGCGAGAUGCGAAGCGAAUGUUUCUCGUCCUUCAUUUUACUAGGUAGUUCGUUUUUAGACUUAAGCGAGAAUUACGUCGAUAAUAUUUCUAGGUGAAUAAGUCUGCGUACGCUGUAUAAUACAUAUAUUACACAUAAAUAUAUUAUUUGUAAAGAAUAUAAAGUACAUAUUUACGUUCUUUUUUUUAUAUUGUUACGAAAAUAAAAAAAAAUACAAGACGAUGAUGCGAGGAAUGAAGUAUUGAGAUAAUAUAACGACGCGUAUAUAUGUUUUUUUGAUGUUUAUUACGGAGUUACGCAUACCACUGGAUUGGGACGCGAAACAACUGGGAGAAAGUGGUCUAUCACGUAACAACAAAAUUUAAUCAAACUAUAUCCGCAAUGUUUAAUGUUUGACACACAUGUUAGAGAAAUGCUACGACAGAGCAAAAAAUGGACCUUGUCCUACGCUGUUCUGCGUGUAGGUCUGCGUAACUCCUGUCUACUAUGUUCUCGCGUAUUAAAACAUGUGUCGCGGAUUGAAGAAAAAUUCCGUUUAAUCUGUGCCAAAUAUUCCCAGAGAAUACCCAGAAGUUUUGUUCCUUCAUAGUAGACGUAAUGUACGUAAAGCGACGACGCCGGUCGGUACAUCCGGUAGACCGAAAGCGUAGUGUGAGUUGACGAUUGCUCGUCUCCUUCAAUUUACUCGUCAAUGCGAUACGACGACCGGGAAUCUUAAUAGUGGUGACUUUUCCCGGCUAAUAUUCCCGGUUGCGUCACAGAUCAUUCUAUCAAAUCAACAACCAGCGUUAAUAAACGCUAAUUGUUGCAAGAACCGAGGAAAAACCGGGACGGCGACAAGCUUUCUAUGCGUUGAGUGACGUCUUGUGUGAUUCUCUUUGCUGUGAAACCGUUAACCUGCCGCAUACGAUAUAUAUUGCAUACGAGUUUUUUCUACGCAACAUAUGGAUUUCUUAUAGCUUGCGAAUACGAGACUAAGAGGCUUGGAAUUUACAAUUUCUCGUGCCUUUCGAGGAGAGGAGCGAUCGGUUUACGAGGAAGGUCGAACGAUCGAUCGACCGGCGCUAAGAAAAGAGCCGUUACGUUUUAUUUUUAUUUUUCUCCUUUUCUUUAAUUCAUUCACGCGUCUAUUGUGUAUUAUGUGCGUUAACUUUUUUUUGUGUUAUUUCUCUCUUUGUGCGUGUACCGUUUCAUCGAGUGUUUGUCGAUUAUGCAAGCGUUAUCGCUCGCGAGUAAUAGACUCAUAGACCAAUUUUUAAUCGAUUACAUUAUAGUACGGAUCCUUUCACCUGUAAUUUACUAUUAUUACUGCUACUAUUACUAUUACUACUAUUACUACUACUUUCUUUUCUACGAUGAGGAUAAUUAAUGUACGAGCGCGACGUAAGCUUAAAGAUUUAAUGCAUAGAGGUAUAUAUGCCUACGAGAAAUUAAUUUUAAGUAUAUCUCUUUAAAUAUAUGUAAGUAAGUUAGUGAACCUCUUCAAGCGAAGUAAGACGUGGUGGUAAGACGCAGAAUUACAGUUAAGACCUUUAGUUAAUCUUCUAACAGUUAGGAUAAACGUAGGAAUUGUUUAGCCGAGUACGCAAUUUGAAAUACAUCCAGGUUAUUGUCUAUCUGUAUGAUAAAUGUGACGCUAUUCCGUAACUGUAUUGCGUGUAUAUAAUACCUUUUAGCGGAUAUCAUCGCAACACACGAUCACCUAGCUGACGUACCACGAUGCUGAAAUAGGAUAAUGUCGUAAAAUGCGCCCUUCGUACCUUUCGUUCAAUUCAAAUCUCAUUUCGAUAGGGUAUAUUUGCAUAUUUUUUUACAUACCAUUGACGUUUUCAUUGUUUGUUUUUUUUUUUUUCAAGAAUAUGUAGAUAGAUGUAUUAUUUAUCUGGACUAGAGAAAAGGAUAUGUUUAACGAAACAAUUGCUCCCGAAACGUACGAGAGGCGCCCUAUGUAGGAAUUACGAUUCUAUCUUAGGCUUUCGACAUUCGCGAUGAAAGUGUGAUCGCGCGUUUCCAAAGUCGCGGAUCUCGAAGGUAAUGUACAAAGCUCGAUGUCGACGUUCAUGCGAGGACGCACGAGGGCCUAAAACAAGUAGAGAAAUUCACCUCCGCUUCUGUUUUUUUCCCACCAUGAAUCAUACGCAAAAGAUUCACGGCAAAUUCUUAAUUUUCACGGGAUAAGAAAUUCAUCAUUUAUAGAAGAGUCGUCUUCUGCAUUGUCGCGCUAUAUUCUUCGGUAAUCGAGUGUAUGUAAAAGUACCGAGUAUAAUGCGACGCUGUUUAUCACUUAGGUUUGACAUAGAUUGUCAAAGCAAAGCGGAAAAAAAUUGCUGGGAAGAUUUUCGAAGAUACGAAAAGAAAUAUAUAUCAUUGAGUUUGACAGCAAUUGAAUUUUUCCCAUACGCGUGUACGAUAAUACGUCUCAUUUUCCCAUAUAUACAUAUGAUUUUAACAGUUUCGAAAAUCUCGUGCGAAUAUCUUCGGCGCUUCCAUGAUACAUACACAUACACAUAAGCACACAUACGUACAUCCAUAUAUACACGAAUACAGAUAUAUUCACGUGCGUAACUAUAUAUAUACGCACGUAUAAAGUAUACGAGAAUGCGGUACGCGCGUACGCAUUUAAAGAACCUAUUGGUGAUUCUCGAGUUUUUCGCGAUUGAUUUUUUUCUUUCUUCUUUAAGUGUUUUGUUUUGCGGCACGUUUUUAUAUUUUAUUCCGCGUGUCGCCCUUGUUAAUAGCGUGUCGCGAUUUGCUUUCGAUGGGUGGUCGAGAAUGCGCGAAAGAGAGAGAAAGAGAUAGAUAGAACCGAAUUGCAGAAAAUUCGAAACAUCAUUGCACACGUGACAGCGUGAACAAGAUUGACGAUAUCGGUAACGGUUUUAUUGCUAUGAAAGUCAUUUCAAAAUUUUUUAUUCGAGAUUAGACUAUUAGUUGAAUCGAAUUCUCAAUUUGUUUUUCGGUUUCAUUCAUAUUGAUAUCGCUCUUUACGAUCGUGAGGCAGACAAUGCUUACGGUAUUAUAAAAGUUUUAAAUUUCGCGGAAAUAAUGCAAAGCUCCAUUCUCUUCUUUCAAGUCAUUACAAAAUCUUAACAUUUUGUGUUUUAUGUAUUUGUUAUAUAUUAUAUUUUGUUAUAUAUACAUACUAUGUAUUUUUUAAUUUUAAAACAUUUUUGGAAUAAUAACAUAAGUCUGUUACUGAUGAUAAUAAAAAAAUAAUCCCAAUUAUAUAUAUAUCUAAAGUAUUGCAUUAGAAAUAUUUUUUUUAUAUGCAAAUCUUGCAUUCACAUUAAAAAUUGCACCUAAUGUUAUUAAAUUAUUCACUAUCUGUGAUAUAAUUAUUUUGCAACUAUUGACACCUCACUCAUUUAAAUGUAUUUUAUUUGAUAUUCUGUUAAUCGUUAGUGCUUUAUACGCUUAUUGAAACUAAUAGCGAAUUCGGAUGCACAUAUGCGCACUGAUACAUAUAAAUAUUAUUACAAAUUUAUAAUAGUAUAAAUAAUAAAAAAGUAAUAUUAAGAGCAAUUGGUUUUAAUUAAUAAUUAAUACUAAGAGCAAUUAUUAUUGUUGUUUAAUACAAAUAAUAAUAACUCUUACUAUAAUACUAUUAUAAUUGCUUAAUAUUUAAUUAAUUGAUAUUUAAUUACUAAAUUACCUAAUAUUUAAUUACUAAAGACUUAUAUUGUACAUUUGUGAUAAUAUUUAAUGCUCACCAGUGCAAAUUUUCUAUAAAUUUUGUAUCUAUUGAUAUGAUAUUUAAUCGCGCAUGAUUAUUGUUUAUAACUUUUCAUACGACAAGAUUUAAUUCUAGCAAACGAAUUAUAGCUCAGUUUCACUUCACAUUAAACUCGCAGAUAUCAGUAUGAAUGAUGUACAUUCACAUAACUUUUUCUUUUUGACACGAUGGCGUUGAGCCUCUUAGAAAGAGACUAAUAUUGCUGAUAAUUGAGAUGUUCGAUUUCUACGCACAUAAUCGGAUUGCUAUACAAAAUCUCAUCAUGCAUAAUAUAAUACAUGUGAUAAAAUAAUUUUGUCGUGCAAAAUUGCAAUUCAUUAUUAAUGAUAAUUGUACGUUAAUAUUAAUAUAAAAAAAAUUUUUGCCAUCUUUUUAACUUUAAUCAACCAUAGUAAUAAAAUUGACGAGAAUUAAAUUUUUAAAAAAUACUUUGCAUUUAAAAUGUCAUUCUUUAUUCAUAUACAUUUCUUUCGAUUUCAUCCAUAAAAUGCGCAAAGCUACAAAACUCUGUAUCAUGAAACUUUGACGAAAUUUUAAUAUUUUUUUUUUUUUUUAAAUCUGUUGUCAGAUGCGUUCUGAUGUUUGUGAAAUCGUUUACGAAAAUUUUGAAGAUAUCGUCGACUUGUUUGCGCGAAUUUCAAGGGUGAUGACUCGGAAAUGUUGAUAUUCGAGCGGCAGUUCAUCCAGUGAGGCAGAAUACAAUGCAACAUACGAGAGAGUCCCACAUAAAACGAGAUUGUAAUUAAUGAUUCAGAUUCAGCCGCUCGAAAAUGACGUUUCUUAAAAAAAAAAAAAAAAAAAAAAAAAAAAAAAAAAGAAAAGAAA